AUGUGCGAAGUUGAAAGAGGAAGCAAAACAACAUACAAGCGAAGUCACAUGGAUACUGACGACCUUAGGCUUCAUGAUAAACUUAGAAAAGUCGAAACUAACACCAUCACAACAAGCAGAGUAUCUAGGUUUCACGAUAAAUUCCAGCAACAUGACAUUAGCACUACCCAGAUACAAGAUAAAGGACAUACUGAGAGAUUGCAAAAUGGUGCUCAGGUCACCAACCAUACAUGUAAGAAAAUUAGCAGCGAUCAUUGGCAGGCUCUCAGCCACUAUUGGCACAAUUUUUCCAGCACGACUUAUGACAAGAGCAUUACUGAGAGACAAAAAUCAUGCAAUAAAGAUCAAUGGAUGGAACACCCACCUGACACUCUCUCAAGAAAGCAUAAAACAACUACAGUGGUGGACACAAAAUCUAGUAAAAUGGAACGGAAUCAACAUCAUACCAGACAUUCCAACCACAGUGAUUUACACCGACGCAUCAAAGGAGGGCUGGGGAGUAGCACAGGGAACUUGGCUACUCUCUGGUUAUUGGGACGACCUACAAAAAUGUCUACACAUCAACAUUCUAGAACUCACAGCAAUACACUAUGCGCUCCUAGCAUUCAAAGACUUGAAAGACCAAUCAGUGUUAAUCAGAACCGACAAUUCAACGUGUGUAGCAUAUUUGAAUCACCAAGGAGGGACGAUCUCCCAGAACUUAAGCAAACUAGCAGAAAAGAUCUGGAACAUAUGCCUAACCAGGAACUUGAAGAUAAUAGCACAACAUAUUCCCAGGAAAUUGAACACAUUAGCAGACUUAGCAUCAAGAAUGACGAUCAACACCCUACUUCCAGACUAUUUCUCCAGAUAUCCCGACCCAUAUUGCCUAGCAGUAGAUGCGUUAGUCCAGGAUUGGACACAAAUAAAAGGUUGGACGAAUCCUCCUUGGAUUCUAAUACACAAGAUUCUAUCCAAAGUGAUAAAGGACAAAACAACCAUUGUGAUAGUGAUACCAUAUUGGACGACUGCAUCAUGGUUCCCGAUACUUUUGGAUCUUUUGAUAGAUCUCCCGAUUCUAUUACUGGACAAACAUCCUUUCAUUCCGGGGAGAACGAGCAACCACAAUCUAAUGAGAAAUCCAAAAUAGAAGAUAUUCGUAUGUCUUAUCUCAGGCAAAGACUCACUAAAAAAGGUUUUUCGCAAGAAGCUGUCGAGCUGGUGGAAAGCACAACCGAAAGAUCAUCAAAUAAUACAAUCGGCUCAGCUCUUAGAAAAUGGACUCUUUGGUGUGAAGAAUCAGAUAUUGAUCCCAUUCAAUGCUCUGUAAACCAUGUUGUAGAUUUUCUAACAGAAAUGAGUAAUAGAGGCAUGGCGACGUCACCCUUCUGUGGCUACGAUUAUGUUAGCAAUAUACAAAAAGAAUCCACCUUUACCCCACCAGAAGACACUAUUGAUAUAAUCCCGUGCCUUGAACAUAUUACGGCGAUGGGUAAUAAUAAUAAGAUGUUGAUUAUAAAACUGAUCAAGAAAACAGCAUUUCUUUUAACAAUUACCUCAGCAGCGAGACCUAGUGACUUACAACGUAUAUCCUUAAAAUCUAUGACCAAGAUAAAUAAUGGUUACUCUUGCAAUAUCGACAAGCCCAAGGAACAUAAGAUCUCCAUCACCCACAGAGAGAAAAAAUUAAGACAAAAAACGCUUAUAAUAGAACAUUAUGAUGAUGAACCCCUUUUAUGCCCUGUGGCUGCUCUUAAGAACAUAAUCACAGUGGCGGACCCGACAGCUAGGGCAAAGGAUUUAAAAGUAAUAUCAGCAUAUCUAGCUCAAGAAUCCGGGGCAAACACAGACGCUAUACUAGCCUUUGGUAAUUGGUCUUCAUGUGAAACAAAGCAAGGGAUAAAUAAUACUCCACAAAAUACACGUGAUAUUGUCUAUCGUAGCAUGCGAAGUUCAUUUCGACCAAUGGUCGA